AUUUUUCGAAUAAAAGUGAGUUCCCCUCUCCUCAUAUUUCUAGACUCCAAACUCAGUCCUCUUCAGAAUCGUUUGCGUUAAUCAAUAAAUCUACUCCUACCCUUGUAAAGAAUGGAGCAGAUACGCUUUCUUGCUGUGAAUACUCUUGCCUGGCUUGCUUGGUUACAGUCCCCAUCUCAGCACUCUACAAGCACAGCUACCACAUUGUCAAUCCCUGGAGUAAUUCCUGGGGGGUCGAAUCUAAAAUUCUGCUCUGAAUCUCGCGAUACAGAUCUGUUCCAAAUCGAACAACUCAUAGUUAAUCCAACGCCCCCACUCGUCGAAGAAAAUCUUGACAUCUACAUUUAUGGAACUUUUCUUUCAGACAUCUCAGAUGAUCCGCUUUGGAAUUAUUAUGCCCGCGAUUUACGCGACAACUCAACCAAUAACCCAGGGUUGAGUGGCACACUUCCGUUCUGUGAUAUAAUGGAAUCCAUCGAGCAGCCAGACCCAAACCGAGAGAAGGAAUGUCCACCUGAGAAAGGGUUCGGCUUAAUAAGUCUUCAUUAUUAUGUACCGUGGUUUGUAGGUGAGGCAAACUUAACUGUGAAAUUUGAUGCAAUGACGAAGGAGGGAGAGAGAAUUUAUUGUCUAGACGGAGAAUUCGAGCUCCUGUACCCAGAAGGAAAGUCGGCUUGAUAGGAUUAUUAUGAAGGUAGAAGUUUUAUCUUCCAACCGAUCUAGCUUUUGGAGUUCUCAAGAAUUGUAACCACUCAAACAUAUCUGAAGUUCACUUAAAAAAAUUAAAUAAACCAGAAACCUCUUUCUAACAAGAUGAGAACCUCACAUAGUCCGAAACCACCUGGCGAUCCACCGGUCUCAUACAACCAAUUCAUCAAAUACCUAGUGUUCAUGGACCGUACCGAAUGGAUGCUACUUUAGGAAGUCCAUGAAAUAAAGCGGUCGCCACAUAUGUCCUGCAUCUCCACCAGUAUUAUCUUAUCAAGUCACAAAUGACCCUGGAUGGUGAGGCCAGUCUCAACAUCAGCCGCAGCCUAGUGUCGGAUAUCACCGAUUUCUGACACUAGUGUAAACCACAUGGCCACGAUACACUGAGAUAACACUUGUUGGAUUUGAUGAGACGCUUGGUGGUCUUG